AGGUAGCCCCGCCCCCUCCUAGUUUGAUUGACAGCUCGGUGGGACGAUAUCGUACGAUGUGUGGUGUGGACAAUGUUUGCGAGGAUAGCAGCAACUUUUCUCGCGACGUCGUGGAAGAAUACAGGUGACAUUGCCGCACAGGUAUCACGGCAGGUUUACAGGAAUUUUCACCUUAGAAGUCCCAGCCUACUUUCUGCCAUGACGGAUGACAUCACUCGUGGUCUGGACGAUACGCAGGUGAAGCUGCUGGGAGAACAGUGUAUCCUUAUAGACGAGAACGACAAAGUCACGGGAUUCGAGACAAAGAAGAACUGUCAUCUAAACGAAAACAUUAAGAAAGGGCUGUUGCACAGAGCUUUCAGCGUUUUCCUCUUCAACAGCAAGGGGGAGCUGCUGCUCCAGCAGAGGUCUGAUGAAAAGAUCACCUUUCCAGGAUACUUCACCAACACAUGCUGCUCUCACCCCCUGAACCUCCCCGACGAGUUGGAAGAAGCCCAGGCCAUGGGAGUGCUCCGAGCUGCUCAGAGAAAACUGGACCAUGAACUGGGCAUCUCAGCUGACCAGGUUCCCAUUGAAGACUUCCACUUCCUGACACGGAUCCACUACCGCGCCGAGUCGGACGGACGGUGGGGCGAACACGAGAUCGACUACAUCCUCUUCAUCCAGAAAGAAGUGGACGUCAACCCCAACCCGAACGAAGUCAAGACCUACCAGUACAUCAAUAAGGAGCAGUUACGACAUUUUCUCGAAACGGCUAAGGAGGAGGGAAGGCCGAUUACGCCAUGGUUUCAACUUAUCGUGGACAGGUUUCUGUACAGUUGGUGGGACAAACUUCACGAUGUUGACAGUUUAAAAGAUCAGGACACUAUACACAGGAUUUUGUGAUAAGAAAGAUAUAGAUAUUAUGAAAGUUUAUAACAAUUCAUCAGUGUAUUAAGCUAUA